AUGGGUAACAGCACAUCAUAAAAUGAAUUCAAUGCUCAACACUAUUAACAAAAUUCAGGUUUAUCUCUAAAAGAAGUCGAAGGAAUUAAAAAUGUUUUUGAUUCUUUGGAUCCAAAAGAUGGCUUAAUACAGACAGGAACCCUUCGAAAACUUUACAGAGACUCAUAUGAUGCACCAUAGUUAAAUAACAAGAUUGGGGAUAGAGAAACAUUAACAUUUGAUCAAUUUUUUGAGUUGAUGAAAACAGAUAUGUUAGAGAAAAAACGACAAUUUCCAGGGGUAGAUUUUGAUGAUGGUAUAAAUGAAAAUGUUUAAUGCUUCUUUUGCCAUCCUCAAAGACAACAGAGUUGA